GCCAGCGUUACCAUCACGCUGUACCGGCAGCCCAAAAUUCUUCUCCAGCUAGGGAUCCUUCGGCUGCCAUUGUGCAAGGCUUGUCAACGGCUACGCACAUUGAACAGGCUAGCCCUUCUUAUUCUCAUUACACUUGGAAACUGCUUCCUCUACUCUUGGUACAAUCACCCCAUAUGAAUCAUUAAAGAAACAAUGCUGAAGGCAGUGGCGUAUCUAUCAUAUGCGUGGGUGGUGCAGCUGCACCGACGCUGGCUGAACCUGAGGAAUCUUGACCGAUGCUGGAUAAUUAUGACAGGGGUGAGGUGACACCACCACCGGUGAGCAGUUACGGCGGUUCCCCCGGACUCUUGGCACUUCAUUCUUCGCUUUAUGCGACACCCACGUCGAGGACCUACGACAUCGAGUCGAACAUCGACGGCAAUGACAGUUCCAUGCCCAUCGAUACCCAAAUCAUUUCGAUACCGGGAAUGUUAAGCGGUCCGGCGCAACAGCGGCUGGAGGACAUGUCUUGGCUGGCUUCCGGCCCGUCUCUGGAAUAUCAACAAGGCAUCUCACCGAUUCCUGCUGGGGUGAAGAUGUGCCAUCCUGGCAGUACAGCCCAGAGAAGCCUGAAGGAGCAGCGGAUACGUCGUCCGAUGAACGCCUUCAUGGUCUGGGCAAAGGUCGAGCGCAAGAAAUUGGCCGACGAGAAUCCUGAUCUCCACAAUGCCGAUCUCAGCAAGAUGCUUGGAAAGAAAUGGCGAGGGUUAACCCCGCAGGAUAGAAGGCCGUACGUAGAGGAGGCGGAGAGGCUGAGGGUUAUACACAUGCAGGAACAUCCGAAUUACAAGUACAGACCACGUCGUAGGAAACACGCGAAAAGGGCCCCAGGUGCACCCUCCUCACCUCCAUCCGCCACCAAUACCACUGGCAAUAGGUCCAACCCCUCUGGUACCACGAUUCAUCAUUCCAUGUCCAAGAUGGAUAGUUAUCAAGGCAUUCCUCAGAUCCCAUGGGGUGGCCAUUCCCCGAUCUCAUCCCUGUAUCACCAACAACAGCAGCAACAAGGUAUCCAGGAGUACAAAUCGGAGAGCAAUUCCUUGUACGGCAGCCCUUAUACGCCUAUUAUUCACACACCGGACAUAUCUCCAGUUGCCAGUCCCGAGCCAGAUGGUGACGGUACGCAUUUGUCGUCUACGCAAAACCCAGAUGCAGAACGAGAUCUAAUGGAGGGUGGUUCGUCGAAGCAGCACAAUGAAAUGAACGAGCAAACGAAACGGUACACUUUUAUGAAUACCGAUAAUCAACUGCACACGGAUCAUGCUGGUACUACUAGCAUAUCGUCGUGUCAGAAUUCUGGUGGUUACACUGACACUUUAACUUAUAAGAAAUCGGUGAGCUAUUUAAAUUUCGAGAGACAGCCGUCGAGCAUCGCCGCGGUGGGCAUAGCAAACGGUAUGAUGGUGUCGUGCAAUAAAUUGCGUUCAGGAUUUGAGAAUGUUGGCUCUGUGACGGGCACUUUUUAUCCACCAGUCGCAUCCCCUCACGAUCAAUCGUUGCAGCACUACACGAGCAGCCAGUCCUCGAAGACUGCCAACUAUUCGAUGCAGUCCACCGUUGAAAACAACUACAAUCCUGUUCAGUGUGCCAAUCGACAACAAUCCAUGGGUAUCCGUGGAGCCGCUGAAGGUUGUUCCGGUGUAUCUCACCGUUACCAAAUGACCCAUCAUCAAGAGUACCAAACCGAGAGCACCAGUACGGGUCAACAGCACUCGAUACUGGGCCACAUGGACCCUGGCAUGACUGCGGAUGACGAUCAGCAACAGACGCUGCAGCUAGAAAAAUAUUUCAAGUAUUCUCAUUCGAGCAACGUGGCUCAUAGCAGCCUCUCGUCGCAGAAUUUGCUCGAUAGCAAUCACAAUUACGCCAGUGAUUUGCGUUACUAUGCCCCUCAACAAACUCAGCUGGACAUGUCGAAUUCGCAGUGCAUCGUUGAUGAUCAAAACAAAGACACUCGGUGUUCUAACGUGGGUAUGGGUCAUGCGAUGGACCAGUAUCAUCAGGCUAUGGAUGUGACAAAGUAUCAGGAACACCCCUCUCAGCAACAACAACAGCAGCAGCAACAACAGCAACAGCAGCAGCAGCAGCAGCAGCAGCAGCAGCAGCAAGGACAGCAAUCUCAAAAUAUGGAACACGUGCCGAAACCGGACGACGACUUCAGUGUAAUACUUGCCGAUGUGCGUAAAACGUGUUACAGUAGCUAGUGCCUCUUUAGACACUUUGACACGUGGCAAUUUGUAAGCUGUAGUACGAAAAACCUUGUACGGUAGUGUAUUCAAAGAAUCCGGUGCUUAUACACAAUUUGUAAAGAGUGAUAAGAUGAUGGUCACAGUCUGACAGUGAUUCUCUACAUUACGUUGGAUGGGCACUUGCAAAAAUAAUUAAAACUUAGAAAUUAAAGGUCUUUUUCAAGUUCUUUCAAGUUUAAAUCAAGCUUCUUUAGGAAAAAUCACGAUAUAAGGAAAGCAGAAAUUUUCAAAAUGUUAAUAUUAAAAAUCAUUUAGAAACAAACUAAUGUUAUUUUUAAUUAUUAAAUAUUAUUAAAUUGAAUACAUAAUUGAAAUGUACGAAUAACAAAUAUUAAUUAUAAUUUUGAAUGAACGUUGACACGCAAAUGAUAGGAGACCACAGACCAUAGUACAUAUGUAUAUGCAACAUAUGGGGCUCUCUUCUCUAAAUUGUCAUUUACCCUGAAGAGCCUAAUUUGAUCACAAGUGUACAAUACCACAUGGUAGACUUCCCUUGAAAAAAUGGCAGUGUAAGGAAGGGAGCAACUAUUACUCACAGUAAUACCCGAGACUUACACAUCAUGAAUAAUUAAAUGAAAAAAUGAUAAUUCUUAAAAUUCUAAUUUUUAAAGUUAUUGAGCUUAAUUAUUAUCAUAAAAUUUAAUGUAACUAAAAAAAUAUUAAAAUUUUCCCUAGAGACGCAUCUCUAUUAUACACUUUAAUAGAUAUUCUACAAAAGCGCCUUAAUAAAUUCUGUGAUUUAUUAAGUAAAAAAGAAAAUCCAAAGUCAGUCAUUUUAACUGGUUUAACAGUUUUGGUAUUAAAAAAAAAUCUUAAGCCUUCAAUAUGAGAAACUUAUAAAGUUUGUGAUUAGGUCCUUUUGCAAAUGUUCAUCCAACAUCAAACAAAGAAUCACUUGUGUGAGCCAUUACUUUCUUAACACGUUGUACUCUGUACACACUUCCGGUGCUGAGGUCCUUGAUCCUAUACAAGAGCUGGUCAGAAAGUUCAAUUCUAUUCCCUUUAAACACAAACUGUUUUCCAUUCUUUUUCUUCUCUAUUAAUUAACCAGAAAUUAACCCUUGUACUUUAUAUAAAGUUAACUUUAUAUGUAUAAGAUAACGGACCCGGUGGUGAAACAUGUACACCCAUGAUCAAAGCAAGCUUCCCUACAGAAAAUGGCAAUAUAGCGGAUAUAUGUAUAUGAUAAUUAAUAUAAUUUUGACAAUACAUUAAAAUAAUUUAGAAACAAAAUAAUAUAACUUUUGAAUAUUAAAUACCACAAAUUUUAGUAUAUAACUGAGAAAUAUAAAUAAUAAAUGAAUAUUAAUUCAAACUUUCCCACGUAAAUGUUUACACCCACGUGAUAGAGCCAGGCUCCUAUACAUAUAUACAGAAGGUCCAUUCCUUACAUUGUUAAUUUCCUCAGGAAUAUCUAUAGGAAAGAGUGAGAACCCGGACAUCGCGAUUUUUCUUGGAUAAGCCUGAUUUGAUUGCAAGUGUAUAGUCCUAGUAAUUAAACGCUCUUCACCAAUCAGAGGCAAGAAAAGCGUUAAAUAACUGGGUCCGUUCAAUUAGUCGUAUUCAUCCAACCACUGGGCCCGAUACCUUAUUAUAUUAUCUUCAUUUUUGAAAUUUUCUAAAUAUUACUUUUCCAAUAUAUAAAAUUUCUCAGUUUAAAAAUGAUAAGUACUACAUUUAACUUCAGUCGAAAUAUGAUCCCAUACGUUUCAUGAAUCUGGAUCAUAAGUGACCUAACUUCCCUCGUUUCUCCCUUAUUUCAGAAAAGCGCGCACUGGAAUUUUGCGAAAUUAUUGCUUUUGGAAUUCCGUACAACUGUUCUCUGUUUGGACCAAAUUGCUGUUCCAAAUCACACGCGCUGCUUUUGCAAGGAAAUUAUUAUAACAUAAAGUAGAAUAUUAAUGUUUAUCUCGCUCAUACAACUAAUAUGAGAUAGUAAACUACCAAUGCACGAUACUUAUUAUUAUUUCCAAUAAAAAUUAAGCGAUAUCUCUCGAUGAAAUUUCUGACCUCACCUCGUUGAACCCUCACUUAAUUCGAUUAGCGAUAAUUCAGUAGUUAAUUGAAUCGUUUCGAAACUCUUCAUACAGUUAAGUUGGAGAAUAGAAAUCGGUGAUUAGUUGAAAUAUUCCGAUGAAAUGUUACAUACAGUAUGUUUAUUUAAUUCACGUCACCCAUAAUCAUGUUCAGUGAUGGAAUCGUUAUUGAAGGCAACCGCAUUAUUGUUGAGCUAUUCUUAUCCACCUAUAUGCACUCGUGGUACAGCACGGCACUGUAUAUUUAGAACGUACCAGCAUAUUUUCACCGCGAGAAUAGAUUGUUCAAACAAGUUUUCUGUAGCAAAGUGAAACACAUCUGUUUUUCGUAGCAAAUCAAUCCUGUCACUAGGCAGACUACUUACAACACUGUCGCUCAAAAAUCUUAAGCCACUCUAAUUUAUACGAAACCUGACAGAGAAUCGUUCAAUCAUUAAGAGACAUAAAGUAACUACUUUAUCACUUGAUGUUUCAUAAGAGGGCUUUUAGAUAAUCAGUGCAAUUAGAUCAAGUUAUAUUUCUAAAAUAAUAGAAGAUAGAAAAAAUAGCAUUAGGAAAAAUUAAAUGGUGUCGAAUGGUGUCAAAGAUUUUAAUGUCACCUUUGGUUUUAAAGUGCAUCAAAUGACGACACAAGAAGUACUUUAAGCAUAUACUACUUUAGGGGAAUUGAUUUUUCAGAAUAUUCUACGCACUGGCGUAACUUGAAUUUUUUUUUAGGGUGAGCUAUAUUCCUUCUAAAAUUUUGAAACUUUGGAAUUUUCGUAAUUCUGAAAUUUUAAACAUUUGGAAUUUUGAAAUUCUAAAAUGUAAGAAAUUUAGAAUUUUGAAAAUUUUGAAUUUUAGAAUCUUAAAAUCUUAGAAUGGUGAAGAUCUUUAUUUUUGGGGAGGGCCAGUCCAGAUUUGGGGGAGGGUAGGCCCAUUUUGGCUCCUAUACAUAAUAGUUACUCCAUUCACUUUAUGUAAAAAAGUAUUAAGAUGGAAUAUCAAAAAAGUCAAUGAUUCGUGAGAUAUUACAAAUUUUCGUAUAAAAUAUCUUACGAACUGUUCACUUUUUUUAUAUUUUACCUGAGAAGUUGAUAUUUUUUACGCAAAAUGUUAUACAAAAUCAGUUGCAAUUUCUAAAAGAUAUUGAUUCUUAUAAUAGCAUCAAUUCGAACAGUUAUCACUAAUAAACGACAUACUGUUUAUAUUGUUAAUUCCUUACAAAGCACAUGUUAAGAAAGGUAAAAUCAGCAAGCCGGACGAGGCUCCUCACAAUACCGGGCGAGAUGUUGCUAAAAAGAAGUAUAUAAUGCUAUUUUUUUUAUAUCUAAUAUCAACGAUACUUAAAAUAAUUUUUGAAAUUGCACAUUAUUACAUAAGUAAUCAGAAACAACUUGAUCGUUAUGUCGCCAAAAGGUUUAUGUAUAAAAAAAAUAAGUAAAAUUGAUUUUAAUUAUAGCCUUCUCAAACCCUUUUUGAUUUAUGUUUAACUUACAAUUACAUACAUAUUAGUCGGUCAACAAUAAUUCACAAAAUUUGGCAUAACUCCGUGAAUAUUGAAAAUUAGACAAUAGAAAGAAAUAUCGAAUAUAACUUUUAUGCAAGAAGGGUCUAAAUAUAAUUCUAAUUAUUAAGAUUGAGAUUCUGAUUUGUAUAGCUAUGCACAGCUAAUUUUGAAAUUUAAGCUUACAAUUGUCCAUCUUACAGUAUCGAGAUAACAUUAAUGCUAUUCAAAAUUUGUCAUCUCUUUCCAAAUUUUAGGAGUUGGUCACUGUUGACCUCCAUGGCUGUUAACGUAUUAACUAACAAAUUUACCCCAGAAUUCUCUUAUGGGUAACAAAUGUCUUAAUACUUUUGAGCGAUAAUGUACAUAUAAUUAUAGAACUUCACUGGUAUCACAAAGAAGGUGUCCAUAUUUGAAGGACGACAACGUGAUAUUUAGUUGUUUUAAUUUAUAACAAACGCUUUCGAAUGUAUCGAACACGAUUGAGAUACUUAAUGUAAAUGAAAGAAUUUAUAUUUUUACAAGACAUAUUCCUUCUCUUUUUUAAAAUAGGAAUCUCCUGUGAAAAGUACUUAUUGUAAAAAAAAAUCGUUAAGCACGGCAAUGAAGAUAUUAUCGAAAGUACCUUUAUCUUCAAUAAUUAAUUAUUUAAGUGUUUUCGUUGAUCAUUGUCCGUGUAUAAGCACGAUCUCUUUAUUUCUUCUUCUCUUCAGCCGACUGAAUGAAUUUCUCGCUGUAAAUGUAGCGUAAAAUAGCAGAACGGAUUAUCUUCUUUCUUUUUUUACUCACGUAAGCUUCUUACUUUCAUAGUUUUUAAUACUCUAUUGUAGCAUUCGAUUAUACAUUGUAGCGUGGCAAUAAACGUGAUUAGUUUUUAUCGUUCCGAUCUUCAAGUUGAGAAUACAUUUCUAAGCGAUGGAAUUUAGGUAUAUGUGUAAAGAACGUUGAAGAGUACUAAAUUAUUAUAAUUAUUGUAUCGUACUUAAUAGAAAACGAUUAUCAACAUUCAUGUGAAUUCUAUGUUUCUCGAUCAUCUGUUUUCGUUAAAUUAUUUAAUUUUAAUUGCUGCGGUAAGAAAUAAAAUAUACAGGGUGUAAAAAUAAUUUGAAAAUGUAGAAUACAAUUUUUUUUUUAAUGAAAUUUCAUUUCUUUCGAAAAAUUAUUGUACUUUUGUGGUAAAAAGAAGUAGAAAAUUAUUAAUAGUACAAGUUAAUUGAGUUCUACAGAUAUGAUUUAUUGGGAUAAAAAAAAAUCAUAUGAAAAAAUUUUGUUCUACGUCUUUUAUUUUUACAGAACAGUUUUCUGUCCACCUGUAUCACUGAAGGGCAUGAAUACAAAUAGGAUAUUUAUUUACUCCUCCUUUUUAUUAAAUAUAUAUAAAAAAUAUGUAUAUAAGUUACAAUGUUGUGUGUAAAGCUGAAAUCAUACACGGUGAGUAACAUCCAGUUCUAAUUUGUAGUGUUGAUAGAAAAAACAUUUAAAUG